CAAGAAAGUCGCCAUGGACGACGUUUUGCAACGCAUCUUGAGCCAGCCGUCGGGACAGAGCAGCGAGCAGCUGUCUCUUGUUUUGCGUAUCUUGGAAGAGAGUCGAAGACUUAAGGAAGAGGAACGAAAAGACAGAGAAUUGCAAUUGCAAAUACUGCAAGUUAUGACUGGAGAUGGUCGGGGCCAAGCUCAAGUAGAGUCCGCCAGACCGAUGAAUGACUUGGUUGCGCUGCCUGCAGAGGUAGAAACAUUACAUGACCUUGAAUGCUCUUCCAUGCACACUUCGGAGGACUCUAUGGCGUUUAGCGACCUCUUUACUUCACCAAUGUCAGAGUUUGUUGAUAUCAACCAUGAACCGCCGCUAAACCUUCUAGACCCCAAAAACUUGGAUGAUAGCGGUACUCUGGAUUGGGCGGCGCAGUUUGAAGCCGACUUUUUAAACGACAUACAUGUGAAUAAACCUAGAACAGAUUCUCUUGACUCGUUAGAUACCAGAGACUUGACUCGCAAGGUGUCAAAUAUCUCGUUGAAUCCGGAUUGUCCGUUAUCCCCCAAAGCAUGUAUCUCGCCACUCCACAGCAACAUCCAAUUAAUCCAAACACCACCGGAAUAUAUGUGGAUAAAUCAGCAAUGCGAAGUAACGGAUGUGCAACGUCAUCUUCGCGAUGGACCCAAUUCGUCCCUUCCACAUGUCCGCACAUCUUGCUUGACAUCGUAUCCUCGCUUACCAGGUGAAUCGAUCAUCACACCAACAGCCCCUCCAUAUCCGUACCCUUUCCUUGUCGACGAACCCUCGGCAUCCAGCCGAAGCCGCUCAUUUCGAAGAGGCUCAUCCUCAUCCUGUAAAGCUCCACGAGUUGAAUCAGACAGCGGCGGUGAUGUGGAGAGUCCACAAUGCUCCACCCCUGCAGAUGUAUUUCGACAUGCCGCAUGGCGUGCCUCGACGAGGAAGCGGACUGUGGAGGACAAAUGUGUUUGUGUGGAUUGUCGCAAGCAAGUUGGAGUGUUGUUCUUGAGAGGGACACAGCCGAGCUUUGAAGUACCUUAUGUAGUGGACGUCCGAUGCGGAAAUUGCAAAGAAAUAAACCCCGUUGAUAGAUCGGGUGCAGACGCGUCGUCAAACUCUAUUUCUGGUGCAUCAGGGAGGAAACGACUUCGGGCAAUCCCAACGGUCGAAUGCGAUGUGUGCAAACGACGCAUCGGUAGCGGAGGGGUCAGAGUAGGUUUUACCGAUGAGGUCGGAAGUGAGGCUGGAGUAGAGGACUGGGAAGAGCCUUCGUUCAAUGUUGAGCUUGUCUGUACUCCCUGCGGAACAAAAUAUCUCUUUUGCAGCGAAUGCGGCGGCGGAGGAAGACAUCGAACCGGGAAAUGGCGCCCACGUGAACUGUUUAUACCUGGCAGAAGAACGUGUUCCCUACCACACAUACGUAUUGGGGAUGCAGCAGUGCAGUAUCGUGUACUGGAAGUUGCUACUGAAUUGACAGAUGAAGCUCUCCAAGGGGUGCAAGAUGUAUUUUUCGAUUGUCUCAUCUCUCUGUACGCUAUCCCAAGCGUGAUCGAGUCGCGUCCUGGUGGGUACAAAGACGUUCGAAAAGAGGUUGAGAGCAUGUGGUCCCAAACGGUUCUGGACGCCUUGACAAAGGACGAGCAUUACGCGCCCAAGGGAACCAGGCGAAAAUAUCUCACUGUAGCAUGGGUGGACAAACGACAUCGAAAUAAGGGCAAAUUUAAACAAGGCGGAAAGGAGGACGUACCAUGGCUAGCCCGAUUGGCAUUAGAAGGAACCGUAUCGCCCGGUUCAUUCCCGAAUGUCCCUCCUACGACAUCUACCUCAGCAAACGGCGCAAGUCCUUCCCCUCUCCACACGAAUAGUGUUUACGUUGCAUUUUCCAUUACCGAAUGGAACAUCCCUCUGAAAAUCCUUUACACCCUCCAAAUCUCUCCUCGCUCCGUUUUCCUUCCUACCACGACAUCAUAUGGCGAACUCCUCCGUCGUGGCGUCGAACGCGUACAAGCGGAUGCCAGACGGGAUAACGUAUCCCCACCAGAGCAUCUGUGGUGCUGGGCCAAAGCCGACCACGCGCGUUUGACAGCCAUUCCGGAGCGAUUGGGGUUUGUGAAAAAAGAUGCCUACAUUGAUAAUGUCAAUGCUUUUGCGGGUAAUGAAGAUCAAAGGCUAAAGGAGGAAUGGUUUGACGGAAGUGGAUUGGUUGGGAACAUGAAAGAUGUUGUGAGCGGGGAGGGGGUGACAAUUUACUUGAUGAGUGUGAAAGAGUUUGGUAAAGUGGCUGGAAGAAGGGGACGGUAAAACGGUCGACGUUUAUGCUGCUAUUCUUUAUUCAUUCAUAGAUAGCUUCUGUCGUAGUUUCACAUGUUAGAUUUAUCGGACCCGGUAAAGCUAGUUUUGGUGUAAUUAAGAAUAUGUCGUCUCAUGAUACGGGAGGGCUGUCAAUGUACAUAGUGUCGUGGUAACAAUGAAUAUGCCAUUAUUGCAACCAA